AUGACGUCGUGGGUGCCGUUUCUCUGCGGCAUCGCUGGGGGGGCGGCAACGACGCUCUUCUUUCUGUCCUUCCUCUUCCUCAAGCUGGAGCAGUUGCUGGCGCGCGUGGUUGGGCGCAAGGAGGCGCGGCUCCGACGGCGCGUCGCGACGGUCGCCAGCGGGGAGGCCUCCCUCUGGAAGGUGGAGGAGAUAUGCCGCAUGGCGCGCUACGACGGCGACAUCAUGGGCCCAGUUAUUCUUGUCCGAGCCGUGCUGUUUGGCAAAACUAUUUCUGUGUACCGGAUUGACCGCAGCCACAGGUCGGACGACGGCGACCACACGAUCAUCGAGGCGGAGCACCUGAUUGGGAAGAUCAACGCCGCCACUGUGACGAGCACGUCGGAGAAGCUGUCCAAGUACCACCGCCACACGGACACCACCACGCGGCAGGCGCCACUGCGGGGAAAGUGCCUUAUACUGCGCCGCAAGGAGGGACAGCCGCUCUUCCAGGAGGACCCGGUGUUGCAGCUUUCGCGCCAGCAGCGGCGCCAGCAACGACAACAGGAGGAGGAGGAGGCGGCGAAAAGGCGCGACCACCCACACCACCACCGGCACCACCAGCACCGUCAUCGUGUCGACGACCACGGGGUCGGAGAGGGCGGUUCUGCUGAGGGCGGCGGCGAGGCGCAGAGGGGCGACGUCGACAGCGACGAAAACGGCCUCAUGCGGCCGGGCGCCUUGGACCUCGACGAGCUGGACAACGAUGAGUCCUUUGACGCCUGGACGGCGGUGCUGUUUAAGUUCCCCACCCGGCGUGAGCUGGAGCGUUGGUACAACCUGCUUCAGGCCACCCCUCAGUCCGAGGAGUGGCGCGUGUUUAUCAAGCACCUCCCUUCCCUCGACGCCUUUAACCUCGUCGUGGCCCGCCUGUUUUUUGAAAACACGCGAACCAGCGGGCUGCAGGAUCUUCUGAUUGGAAAAAUACGACGAAAGCUGCGACGGGUGUCAUGCAAACUUCCAAAGCACAUCCACGGAGAAAUUUUACUGACGCAGCUCGAGCUCGGGGGCGAGAUUCCGUUAAUUCGCGGGGUUGGCGAGCCGACCGUCUCCCCCAACGGGGAGGUGGAGCUGGACUUUGACUUUUUGUACCGUGGCGGGUUGAAGUUAGGCCUGCGCUUUGCCAUCACCUUCCGCGGGGUGCGGGUGCCGGACAUUAUAUUCAACAUCAAAAUACUGGAACUCUCCAGUCACAUGCGGCUGAGCGUGGGGCCACCGCCGUCCGCCAAAAUUUGGGUUGGCGCCCCACGCCCGCCGCAGCUGCGGCUGGAGUUCGCGCAGGAGGUGGCCUCACACGACGGAAUCCUGAACGCCGUGCUGAAGCUCAUGCCAGACAUGAGUGACUUCGCGUCCAACGUCGUGAAGGUCAUGCUCUUCGAGGACAUGGUGCUGCCCUCCAUGGAGGACCUCCCGCUGCCCUGCUUCAGCUACUCCCCCCCUCCUCGGAGGAGGGCUCGCCGCUGCUUGACGAGAACAGCGAGAGCUCCUUUGCGCUGGACGGCGCCACGACGCAGGGCGCGGACUCCACCUUUUCCACCUUUGCCACCACCUCCGGUGGGGCGAAGACACCCACGGUCGCCGAUGCUGGGCCGCCGCUGCCGCUCUCCCCGGGCGGAGCGGUGUACCCGGCGCUGUCGCCGGAGCUGGCGCCGAGCUUCGCGUCGUCCGCCUCGCCCUCCUCGCGGGGGGAGGCGGACUCGCUCGCCGGCGAGCCACGGCGCGGCGCGGGGGUCCCGCCCCUCAAGAGCCUUGUGA